GCGCUUAGUGAGCGCGCGAGUAUGCUGUCACUGGUCGUCACGUCGGCUUUGGUCGGCGUCACGGCAGCACGACGACGACGACGACGACGACGACGACGACGCGGCGCGACGUCAGGCAGCAACAAAGACACGACAGCUGGAAGAAGUUGACUAUUGACGACGACGACGUCGUCCGUCUUGUUUUUCCCGCGACGCAGAGCGACCAACGACUGUUGUCGACGUCGAUACUCACUGAUUGACGGCUGAUCGGUGUACCGUCGAAACUAGCUGCACUUUCACGCGAGACACAUGGCCACUACAGACGUGUGUAAUUAGGCGAGCUAGAAAGCGAGCACGAGAACAUGAAACGUCGCGGAGAAAAGCGUCUUCUACACUUCGGAGCACGUAUCGUAAAUUGAGCUCUAAUCAGUUUCUGCUGCUGUGGUUAAAUGAUGAACAUUUAAAUUUGAUGAUACAUAUGAAUCGCUGAUACAUGAGGAAAUGAGCUCCGCAAUAUGCAAGGGGCAUGAUACUUAGUGUUCUGCCGUAAAAUAUACUUGUUUAGAAGUGAACCAACUGGCAGUAGACAUGUUUGGUUGUCCCAGAGAAGCUGUACGUGUCAAAGUUAAGAAAUGUGAAACCAGGCACCAACCCGAAUACCGCAAGUUUAGUGUGGAUCCUCAAAUAACAUCGAUAGAAGUGCUGCAAAGCAUUCUUAUCAAGGCUUUCGAUAUAAAGGGGGAGUUCACCGUAUCGUAUCGUGCGAUCGACGAUUAUGGCUCGGAGACGUAUCUGUUCUUACUCUCGGACUGGGACUUAGACGCCGCGUUUAUCAGCGCGUCCGAGCCAUACCUCUAUCUGCAGGUGAACCUGAAACCGUUCGGCGAAACCGGAGACUGCGAGUGUUACUGGGAGCAAAAUGCGCAGGAAGUCCCGACGCGUCAGCAGGAAACUGGGUUUCCUUACAAGACGCCAAAGCUGCCCGGUCUUAUAAUGAAUAAGAUGGAGAGAACACUAAAUAUGGUGCAACGUGCGUUAGGCAACCUCGGCGAGGAGUCGUCCCAUCAGCAGAGCGCUCAGCCUCCGCGACCGCCGCUGACGGACGCCGAAUUCCGACGGUUCCUGGACCCGAUCGGCCAAGUGGUGCACUCGAAAGAACUGAGGGCGGUCAUCUACUUCGGCGGCAUCGAGCCCAGCCUGCGCAAGGUGGUGUGGAAACAUAUCCUGAACGUAUAUCCGGAGGGCAUGUCGGGCCGCGAGCGAAUGGAUUACAUGAAGAGGAAGGCGCAAGAGUACCAGAACCUGCGCGAACGAUGGCGAGCGUUGGUGCAGAAAGGACAGAACGUCGGCGACCUCGGCUACGUCACCGGUAUGGUGAGGAAGGACGUUCUCAGAACGGACAGGCAUCACAAGUUUUACGGCGGUUCGGACGACAACCAGAACACGGCGAGUCUAUUCAACAUCUUGACAACGUACGCCUUGAAUCACCCGAGCGUGAGCUACUGUCAGGGCAUGAGCGACCUGGCUUCGCCGCUUCUCGUCACGAUGCGGGACGAGGCGCAGGCUUACAUCUGCCUGUGCGCCCUAAUGCGACGAUUGAAGGACAACUUCAUGCUCGACGGUAUCGCUAUGACUACCAAGUUCGCUCACCUCGCAGAAGGUCUUCAGCAUUACGACCCCGACUUUUACGCGUACUUAAAAUCCCAUCAAGCUGACGAUCUGCUAUUUUGCUAUCGCUGGCUUCUGUUGGAGAUGAAGCGCGAAUUCGCAUUGGACGACGCGCUCAGGAUGCUCGAGGUUUUAUGGGCGGCUCUACCAGCGUCGCCGCCGACCGGCGAGCUCAGCCUCGCCGAGGUGCCCUUCCCACCGCCGUCGCCGCCGCCGAGUCCGAAUGUGAAGCAUAUUCGUGAGAACGCGUACACCAAGGUCUGCGCCAUCAGGCGGCAGAGCUCUUCGGCCAGCAUCGCCGCCAACGUGAAGCGGAAAACCCUCAGCGUGGAGGAGCCAGCUUUACAAUCAGCUACCGAGGUUAACGGAGAAACGAAAAGGUCCAACUCCCCGUACGAGACGUUCUCCGAGCCGGAAAAUGAUCUGACCAGCACGAAGAACAGGAGGAACGCCGAGUCGACGGAAAAGUGCCUAAGUACAGAUUCCCUUCCCGUCAGAACGAAACGCUCGAAUCUCUUAGAGCUGAAGGAGAGGCUGACCGCCUCCAACAAGGAGCAGGCUAAGAACAGCGAGCAGAACGAUGCGGGCGAGAAGAAGUGCGCGCGAGUGGUGAAGAACUUGAACGAAUUCUUGAACUUCACCAGUCUCAACCGCAGCAAGGUCACGCCGAGCGAUGCCGAGCCCGAGCUCAGGCGUGUUUCGAGCGAAAGCGGUGUCAUCCGAGUGCUGAGGGACGAGCCGAGCUCACCGGACGAUCCCAUGGACUUCUUCCCGAUGACCACAUCAAUGACAAGAGAGUUAAGACUGGAACUGGAGUCCUUGGACAGACAGGUGUUCGGGCCGUCGCCGCCCAGCGAGUUGCAGUGCGAUUGUGUUCUCUCGAAGAAAGAGAGCGACUUGGUGGAGAGCGAGACCGACACGGAACUGGCGAGGUGCAGCCCAGCGGCGGAUGUGUUCGUGUGGGAGAACCCGCUGCAUACGUUACAGCAGAAGCACCAUCCGACGACCCCGGACGAGCAGGCGGAGUUGGAGUACGAUGGUGAAAUUUUGGAGGACCAGAACGGUGUGAAGUCCGUCACGCCCAUCAGGUUGCUUAAACGUACCACCAGGUCCGAAUCAGCGUCGGACAGCGAAGGGACCGAGAGUUGGCAUCAGAACGCGGCCGUGCCGGAGAGCCCGACGAAGCAGCAGCCUAUCCAGGAGCAGUGCGAGGAAGCGACGGAGCUGACGAAUCUCAUACCGGCGGGCACGAGCGAGGAUCAGCUGGGCGAGAGUUCGUUGCCGCCGCCGAGUGAAUUCGGCGGCGGCAAUCCCUUCCUGAUGUUCCUCUGCAUCACGCUCUUGCUGCAGCAUCGUGAUUUCGUCAUGAGAAAUCAAAUGGAUUACAACGAGAUGGCGAUGCACUUCGACAAGAUGGUCCGCCGCCACAACGUGAUUCGUGUGCUUAAUCAGGCGCGCCAGUUGUUCGCCGGUUACCUCAGAAGACAUUCCGCCUCGGCCGGCUCGAGCUCCGCCAGCAAGCCGGACGUGAACGCGUAAACUUCUCGUCGAUCCCUGAAAGUAUGAAAAGCGCAAGACGGCGUUUCGAUCGCGGAAAAUCGUCCUUCGCUCGACGAGUCGCAGCUCGACGGCGUAUAUAUCACGGGAAGCAUGUCGCCGACUGAACCGGAAGGGUUCGAUCACGGUGCUCUUCCGACGUUCCGACGAAAGAUUCUUCGCAAUCUCGGAUUCCUACGAGCGUAUCGCGUAAGGAGUGUCUCUGAUUGACUUGUCUCUUCUUCCUCGAUUUCUUCUUUCCUUCAACUUUCUUCCUUCCGAAGUACAAGUACAAGUACAAGAACACCUUCCGACUGAUAAUAACUACAGAGCAUCUCAUGUUUCUAUUCAGACAAAUCGCUGUAGGCAUCCAAGGUAGCAAGGUUCGACAACGAACAAGCGACCAAUGUGUAAGAGAGCAAUAAGGCACGUCAUGUUGCAGCGUACUUAACGUCCAUUUUGCCGGAGGCAACGUUUCCAAGUACACACAAGUCGUGUAUCGCGCGCUGCGUCAGAAUCGAGGAAAGACGAUUGAUCAGAGACAAGCCCGGCCAGGCUCGUACUUACCUACCGUUUCUCAACGCUCGUUACUACCGGCGCGAGACUUCUCUCGUACUUCGCACGGAUCUAGAACGGACGGAUUCGACUGACGGGAAGGAGCUCAGAAUACAACGAUAGGAAGCGCUUUACUUAACCCGCGAAUGGCACGCGUAGCACCGUUCGCGCACGCACAUCACCAUUCCAUAAUGCACAGUAUCAUCGCACGCGUCGACGAAUCCUCCUUCUCUUCUCUGUCUAGCUGUACGCCGCUCGUCGUACGGCGCGUACGGUCUUGACGUAGAAUUAAGCCCCCUUAUUUGACGCAUUCGGGGUCGCGGCCAUCGCGUGUGUCGUUAUGCGAGCGCAGCCGCGGCGCACUUCAUUUUCGAAAGCGUUGAAUCUGUAAGAUAUACAUACAUCCACCUUGCCCUAGCAGCUGACUCUUACUUUGUUCUCAAACGGUAUGCUUGGGAAACGACAAUAAAGUGCAUUUAAUUUUAUCGCUAACGGCGAUCGCUUCUAUUCAUUCAGCUUCGACCCGUCGACGAAAUCACGAAAAUCCCAAAAGGGCUCCCAGAUCCCCCCAAAAUGCGCUCGCCUCCCAGUGCUUUCAGUCAGCUAAUUGAAUUCUCACGAUUUGAAACAUACGCUAUACGCGAUACCUCGAGUACUUAGCAACGGAUAUGGACUUUAGAUUUUAGGUCUGCGGUGUUUUCCGAGUUUUAGAUAAUACCAGUUACUUUUUAACGAACGCUUUUUGUUAGUAAUUAAAUGCGCUUGGCCUAAGCGGUGAGUGACGCGUUGCAUCGUUUCGGCAACGUUGAAUUAUUAACUGAAGAUACAUAUAGAUAGGUGAGAUGUAGUGCUAUGACAUGUGGCAAUUAACAACUAAUUACAAGGUUCAUUAUUAUUCCCUCUUCAGUUGUACUUGCUUUGUUAAUUUUCUUCAAAGCAUGAGCGAAUAAUUGUUUUCUUUUUUCGAGUAUGGCUAAGAACGUACAAUAUCGUCGAUAGCGAUAAGUUAUCAGCUAUAGUGAAUUAUAUAGUGAAAAGGUAAAAGGCUAGUGCGAUACUAGUGCUUUCUUAUUUUGCAAUAAAAACGAUACAAACAA